AUGCUCUUCUUAGUCAAUUGUAUGGUAUUGUUCGUCACUCUUGUCGCUGCUAGGGGAUGCAAUCUUGUCACAAACUCGACCUGCACCUCUGGAGCGCAUAUCAUAGUCGCCAGAGGCAGCCUUGAACCUCAAGGGCCCGGUAUUAUCGGAGUUAUCGCCCAGCACAUCUCGAGCAGAAUUCCCAACUCGGAUUUGAGCGCUCUCGAGUAUCCAGCCAUAUAUGACCCUUACAAACCUUCUCAGAUUGAAGGCGUCAGAGCUCUUACCGAAGUGGUUAAGCAGUACUCUGCACGCUGCCCUAGAACAAAAAUGAUUUUACUCGGGUUCUCUCAGGGGGCUCAUGUCAUCGCUGAUGUUAUGUGUGGUGCAAGUUCAGUUGGGUUUCCAGCUACAAACCCACAGCCCCUUAACAUCACUGACAAGAUUGUCAAGACCAACACUAGGUAUCUCGCUUUCACAGGUACCACGACCAACGCAAACAUGAUCGCUUUCACUCUCCUUCUGAGCUUUCUCGUGGCUCUGGUCGCAGCCGAAUCCACCACAUGCGCCAACGGAGCCCAUGUCAUCGUGGCUCGAGGUAGUCUUGAACCUCAAGGCCCUGGAGCCAUGGGCGAACUGGCCGAGAAGGUCCUCAAGCUUGUCCCCGGAUCUGACAUGGAAUCUCUCGUGUACCCUGCCCUGUAUAACGAGUACCUCGACUCUCAGCCCGCGGGUGUUCGCGCCUUGACUUCUGUCAUCCACAACUAUGUGAAGACCUGCCCCAAGACUCCGCUGGUUCUCAUGGGAUACUCUCAAGGCGCUCACGUCAUCAUGGACACCAUCUGUGGUGCAAGCUCUACCGGAUUCCCUGCCACCUUGCCUCAGCCUUCCUACAUCACUGACAAGAUCUCAUCUGUUAUCCUCUUGGGCGAUCCCAGUCUCACAGAAGGCCAGACCUUCCACGUCGGAACCAGCGUUGGCAAUGGAAUGUUCCCUCGUAACCUCCCGGCCGGCUGCGACAGCAUCGCCGACAAGACCGUUUCCGUCUGCGAUAAGGGCGACCCUUUCUGCGAAGCUGGUGGCAAAAACCUCGACGUCCACUUGGGCUACAUUCCCGUCUGGGGAGACUAUGUAGUCAAGGAGGCUGUCAAAUUUGUAAAGGCGGUCGUCAAAAAGUCCAAGGCUUGUGCACGAACAUGA